AACCCCAAAAGGCCAACCAACAGCUUUGAGAAAGGAGUCUAUAGCAAUUCGCAGCGGUAAAGAUGAACAAGAAGGAGGUAUUGAAGCUAGCUAAAGGGUUUAGAGGAAGAGCUAAGAACUGCAUACGAAUAGCAAGGGAAAGAGUUGAAAAGGCGCUUCAGUAUUCCUACAGAGACCGUCGCAAUAAGAAGAGGGACAUGCGUUCCCUUUGGAUUCAACGCAUCAAUGCCGGAACUCGCCAACACGGAGUAAAUUAUGGCAAUUUCAUGCACGGGUUGAUGAAAGAGAACGUACAGCUGAACAGGAAAGUCUUGUCAGAAUUGUCGAUGCACGAACCAUACAGCUUCAAGGCCCUUGUGGAUAUCUCUAGCAGUGCUUUCCCCGGAAAUAAGAAGGCGAUAGUACCUCCAAAGAAGGAAGGCCUAGCUAUUGUUCUUUGAAUUAAUUUCCUAUGUUCGGCUGUGUGUGCUCGUUUCUUCUAAGCAUGUUGGUGGGUUAUUUAUCGAAGUCACAGGAAGUAGAGUAUGGGCAUAAAUUGUGAUAUCAUUUCUGUUAGCAAAUUCCUGACAAUGGUCUUGAAGUCUCCUGUUUCAUGUAAGUGCUUAAAUGGAAAUUUUUGUAGCAACCAUUCAAUCAGUCAAAUGUGCUUUAAUCCCAAACUAGUUGGGUUGGUUAUAUGAACCCUAAAAUCUGCGCAGUUGAUGUACUGGGUUUUAUCCUAAAAAUAGUGCAUCUCGUUCCUUUUUAAGUCACACUUUUUCAGUUUU